AUGUCAUCCAAAGGUAAGAUUCCGUGGGUUGAGUAUAAUGGUGAGGUCAUCGAAGAUUCUACUUUCAUCAUAGAAUUUUUCAAAAAGAAAUUGUCUAUUGAUAUGAAUAAAGAUUUAUCUCUGAAAGAAAAGGGUCUGUCACGAGCUAUCCAAAAGAUGAUAGAAGAAAACUUCUUUUGGUGCUUGGCUCUUUGUCGAUGGAUGUAUGACGAAACAGAUAAACAAUGGAUGGGUCUUGGAUGGUUGGUACCAAAAUUUAUCAAACGGACAGUGAAAAAGAGUACAUGGGCAGCUGGAAUUAGUCGACAUACCCAGAAAGAAGUUUUAGAGAUUAUGGAAUCGGAUAUAAAAGCAAUAUCAGAUAUAUUAGGAAGCCAAAAAUAUAUCAUGGGAAAUGAACCAACUGAGGUGGAUUGUUGUGUGUUUGGUUUUUUGGCUCAGAUCUUCUACGCUUGUCAUGAAAAGUCACUGAUAAGUUUGGUUGGAGAGAAGUAUCCAAACCUUAAAGAUUAUUGUUUGAGAAUGAAGAAUCGUUACUGGGCAGACUGGGAUGAUUGUAUUACACAUGAUGGUACACGAACACCAAUUCGGUAA